UCCUCUCCUCUGCUGCCAUUUUUUUGUUUGUGCUACAGGCUAACUUGCUAAGCGAGGGGUCUCCAUCAGAAGGAGGCGGAGAGAAAGACUGCAGGCAGCAGAGAGAGGCAGUCCUAUCACAAGACUGAACCUUCCCUGGAGAACCGGGGAGCUCUUCCGCACAGGAAACCGUUACUAGAAAGGCUGUACAAUGUCCGAUUUUGACAGCAACCCGUUUGCAGACCCGGACUUCAGCAAUCCCUUUCAGGAUCCUUCAGUGACGCAGGUGACCCAGUCUGCCCCUCCUGGUGGUCUUGAGGAGUAUAACCCUUUCACAGACGCCAGAACGGCAGCUCCUGGAAAUGCCCCCAAAUCUGCUCCAGCCCCUGCCCAGAACACACAACCUGCCAUCAUGAAGCCCACAGAAGAGCCGCCGGCUUACUCACAGCAACAGACUCAGGAUCAAGCGCGUGCUCAGGCUGAGUUGUUGAGAAGGCAGGAGGAGUUGGAGAAGAAAGCAGCAGAGCUUGAUCGUCGGGAGAGAGAGUUACAGUCCCACGGAGCCGCGGGAGGGCGUAAGAACAACUGGCCUCCACUGCCAGAGAAGUUCCCUGUUGGCCCAUGUUUCUACCAUGAUAUUGCAGUGGACAUUCCUGUAGAGUUCCAAAAGACCGUCAAGAUCAUGUACAACCUUUGGAUGUUUCAUGCAGGCACGCUCUUUGUGAACAUGUUUGGCUGCCUGGCCUGGUUCUGUGUGGAUGCAUCUCGUGGCGUAGAUUUUGGCCUGGCCAUGUUGUGGUUUCUGCUGUUUACCCCGUGCUCUUUCGUCUGCUGGUACAGACCGCUUUACGGAGCUUUCAGGAGUGACAGUUCAUUCCGCUUCUUUGUCUUCUUCUUCGUCUAUAUCUGUCAGUUUGGAGUUCAUGUCCUACAAACUAUUGGCAUCGCUGGCUGGGGAACAUGUGGUUGGAUCGCAGCUUUAACUGGUCUGAACACCAGCAUCCCAGUGGGCAUCAUCAUGUUGCUGAUUGCAGCUCUGUUCACUGCACUGUCCGUGGGCUCGCUCAUUAUGUUUAAAAAGGUGCACGCACUGUAUCGUACCACUGGUGCUAGUUUUGAGAAGGCCCAGCAGGAGUUUGCAACCGGGGUCAUGUCUAACAAGACCGUUCAGACUGCAGCCGCCAACGCUGCAGCUAAUGCUGCGUCCAAUGCUGCUCGUGGGGCAUUCAAACCUCAGCCAUAAACUGACACACAUACACAAACAUGCAUACAUGCUCACACAUACGACACACACACACACACACGCACACACACACACACACACACACACUCAAAAGUUAGAGGUGCACAACUCUGGCCCUGCAGGCUCUCAGAUCAAAUUGAUUCAAUUUAUGAAUGUUGUUAUGCUAAAAUUGCCCUGCACACUUUGCUUAAAAGUGUCAGAGAGAGUCAGAGACCAGAAGUAACAGAGAAGUAUUAAGAUAAAGUGACCAGAGUUGUCCACCUUCACCUUAAUCAAGUUUCAGUAAAAACUCUCUUACAUCCUUCCUGUCUGCUUUUCAGUCAGAUGAGUGUGCUCACAUCCCUUGAAACAUCCACUAAGUGACUCAAGGUUUGCUCUGAGUGUGUGGGAUUUCAUCUCCUUCCUUCGCUUUCCCUGUUCUCCUGUCACCCUGAGGUGAUUCUAGGUCAGUCAGAGGUCGCAGUUCUAGCAUACCUUUAUUUUAUCAUGGUGUCGACCUCCAAACAGCUUCCUGCCUGGUUAAUACAGUAUAGACUCAUGAAAAGUGAUAAUCUGAUCAUGGUGUUUUGCACAUAGUUCUGUUUUCUUGGUCACAUGCCGAAAGUACAGUGUAUGUUUGAGUGGCUGGGCCCGUGUGUGAAUGUGUAUUUCACUUUAAGAAAAUUGUGGCUCUGACUUGUUUUUUUAUAUAACCCAGUGCUUGGUCCGUGAGAUCUGAAAGGUGCAUUUUAUCUUGUCCUAUAUCUGUGCUUCUGUUCCGAGACAAGUACCAUCCUGGUAAUCCAUAUAAAUAGAAAUGUGACGGUAUGUUCUUACUUAAGGACCUGCCUGUAGCCUCUAGCAGUGCUCCAGUGACACCUGUCAGUUGAACAAUUAUGUCCACUUUGUGUGCUACUUUGAUCGGCAACGCGGGCUGGGUCAGCAUCUUUGUGGCUUACUAAGAUCUGACAGCAUGAUAACGAAAUGCAUGUUGAACACACUUAAGGUAGCUGUUUAUUUGGCAAAGUCAUUCUUUCCACUAGCAGCCUUUUCUUUGGCUACAGGUGGCAGCUGGUUUUGGGGGGAAUGUCUGCCUACUUAUUUUCCCCUUAGCUUCUGUGAGAAGUGAGCUGUAAUAGAAGUUAUUGCAUGUCCCAGAGGCUGUUUGACUGAUUGAUGAUGUUUGGAUCUAUUUGUGAAGACGCUCUGAACACCCAGGUCAACAGCAACGUCACCAGUUCACACCACAAACCUAAAAGGUUCAGAUGCUUUCCUGGCCUGGUGCACUAAAAGGGUGGAAAAACGUGAGAAAUGUUCACAUUUCCCUUUAUGUAUGUAUGUAUGAUACUAACAGACUACAUUUUGUAGCCCCUCACACUUGGUUAAAAACUAACGCUGCUAUGGAUCUGAGAGCCGCUUGGUCGUGGCCUCCUGCUGUCAUGUUUCCUGUUGAAAAGGACACAUACCAUACGUAGAGAGAGAGAGAAGUGACCUGCCUUUUCUCACAGAAGAUGGCCUGGACAGUGACAAAGCUAUGAUUUUUCUUGAGAUUAACAUGCAUAAAUAAGAUACUAAACACAUUGAUACUGUGCAUAUGUACACAGCAUAGACUAACAGUCUGAUUGCAUUUUUACAGACAAAGAAAGUUAGUCCCGUGAUUUUUCCUCUGUCAGUAUUGGUUUACUGACAUCAGACGUUUCAUAGCCAAAAAGAACAUUAGAAUAACAGAGGAUUGGACUUGAUAAGAUACAGUAAUUUAUAUACAUAACAGUGUUAUGCAGCACUACGUUGUACACACUACUGUCACUGAAGUCAAAUAUGGACGUGGGUUACAUUUGUAUCGUGCUUUAGCACCUCAUAGUGGUGGUGAGUGUCUGAAGAUGUGCAUGACAGAUGACUGAUGACUGGUACCGCUGGUAUUACAAAUGUAUGGACUGAACAUUAUCGUGGACAGAAUACUCCUGAUAGUGUUACAAAGUUGAAGGUUAAUUUGUCACAAAAUAAUAACAUCUUGGCAGUAUUGUUUUCCUUUGGAAAUGUUUUGUUUUAAAUUCAUUGCACAUUUUUUGUUUUACGUUGAACUUAGUGCAAAAGACAAACAUGUUUUUAUUUAUGGUGUAAUUUAAGUUGUUUGCAUUUCAACUUUGUUUGGUUUUGAUUUCAUAUAAUGUAUUAUGUUUGUGUGGUUUUGUAAUGACAUGAUCAUAGUGUCGGCUAGAUUUAAAAGUGUUUAAUGACUUUGCAACUUGACCCUGCAAGAGGUUUGCUUGUGUGGAUGAGGAUGUGUGUUUGAUCGGUAUGAAAGAAAAAAAAAAUCUCCCUCAAGUGUUAUUCUAUGUCCUAAAAAGCUGUGAGAAAUCUACCAAAUGUCCAUAUAGAUUUGUUUUUAAAUCUUGGUUUGUGAUGUGUUCCCUUGCCAUGUUUUACUUUAAGGUAUUACACAACUUUUCUUUGCUACAAACACCCACAUGAUUCCCAUGUAUCUAUAGUUUUAAACUGUUGUUAUAUGAAGCCAUGCCACAGUGGGUAAUUUCUUGAUGUAUUUGGCGAGCUGGUCUGCAGUACAGAAUGAGGUGUCUGUAGUUUGCUGACACAAAACUGUGUUUUUGACCUGUGACCAUGUUAUUUCACUGAAUCAGAGAAGAAACUCAUUCAAAAGGGACACUUGUAUAUUUUGUAAAGUUGAAAAUCUGAUCCCCAUUAUCAAUCACAUGUAAAAAGAAAAUGUAAUGCACUCUUGUCUGGCCUUUGUUGCAUGUGAAAUAGUUUGAGUUUUGUAUAUUUAUGGUAUUAACAUGAAAUAAAAUUUGAAAGAAA